AUGAAAACUCCAGAAAUACCUUAUGAAUUCUUUACAGAUGAAUAGAAAUAAUAUUUAGAUAUGCUUGUUAAAUUUUCAGGUCGAACUUAACGUACUCGUCUUGUUUCAAGUUAAGCUAUUCCUAGCAAGAAAUAUGUACUAAUAAAUUGUAUUUAGCAAUUCCUCAAAAAUAAUUUUAUUCUGAUGUCAGCAGAUGAAUAGUAUGAUUUUAAUCAAGCAGACAAAGUGCUUUCAGAGUAGACAACUUUUGGUGCUCUAAUUGGAUUUGGUAUUUCAACUAUUACAAUGCUUUACUUUGUUAAUUCUAGACCAUUACAUAAAAAACUUUAUGGAGAAAUGUUCACUAGUGGUAUUCUAGGUUUAGUGUUUGGCUUAUCAUACUAUCAAUAUCAUAAUUAUCAAUAUAGAGAGAAAAUUCAUUAAAUGUAUGUCAAGUUGUUGGCCACAAAAAAAUUAGGGAGAAUAUGAG